AUGGCUACGGUGGAAGGGCGGCCGGCGCAGUACGGCGUCAGCCUCCGGCAGCUGCGCGAGCUGAUGGAGACGCGCGGCCCCGAGGGCCUCGCCAAGAUCAACGCGCUGGGCGGGCCGCAGGAGCUGUGCAAGAAGCUGUACACAUCGCCAACGGACGGUCUUAGCGGUUCUAAAGCAGACCAGCAACACAGGCGCGAGGUGUUCGGUUCGAAUCUGAUCCCGCCGAAGCCGCCCAAGACCUUCCUAACCUUGGUAUGGGAGGCCUUGCAGGACGUCACUCUUAUCAUCCUGGAGGUGGCCGCUGUGGUUUCGCUGGGAUUAAGUUUCUACAAGCCGUCCGAAGAUGAGAGCGAUGUCGGCCACCUGGACGAGGAGGAGGGCCACUACCAGUGGAUCGAAGGUCUGGCUAUCUUAAUAUCCGUCAUAGUUGUCGUCAUAGUCACAGCGUUCAACGAUUACACGAAAGAGAGACAAUUCAGAGGGCUUCAAUCGAGGAUAGAGGGCGAACACAAAUUCGCAGUGAUACGCGCCGGCGAAGUUAACCAAGUGCCCAUCAGCGAGAUCGUGGUUGGCGACAUUUGCCAGAUCAAGUAUGGAGACCUUCUACCGGCGGACGGCAUCCUGCUGCAGAGCAACGACCUCAAGAUCGACGAGUCAUCACUCACCGGCGAAUCGGACCAUGUCAAGAAGGGUGAAUCUUUUGAUCCCAUGGUGCUAUCCGGUACUCACGUUAUGGAAGGCUCCGGCAAGAUGUUGGUGACGGCGGUUGGAGUGAACUCGCAAGCGGGCAUCAUCUUCACUCUCCUCGGCGCGGCCGUGGACAAGCAAGAGAAGGAGAUAAAGCAGAUGAAGAAAGAAGCUAAAAAGCAGCAACGGAAGUCGACCCAGCGCAAGAGCCUCACAGGCGAGGAGGACGCGGCGCUACCAGCGGCUGGCAACAGCCAUGGCGCCAACCACCUGCCAGACGACAACCACGUGCCGCCCGCAACGGAGAAGCCGGCCGAGACGUCGCACAAGAAGGAGAAGUCGGUGCUCCAGGCCAAGCUCACCAAGCUCGCCAUACAGAUCGGCUACGCCGGCUCCACCAUCGCCGUGCUGACGGUCAUCAUCCUAGUGGUGCAGUUCUGCGUGAAGACCUUCGUCAUAGAGGACCGGCCGUGGAAGGCGACCUACAUCAACAACCUGGUGAAGCACCUCAUCAUCGGUGUGACGGUGCUGGUGGUUGCCGUGCCUGAAGGUCUACCGCUGGCCGUCACGCUCUCGCUCGCUUACUCCGUGAAGAAAAUGAUGAAGGACAACAACUUGGUGCGCCACUUGGACGCGUGCGAGACGAUGGGCAACGCCACCGCCAUCUGCUCGGACAAAACUGGAACCCUCACCACCAACCGGAUGACCGUCGUCCAGUCCUACAUCUGCGAGAAGCUCUGCAAGGUCACGCCCAACUUCCGGGACAUCCCCGCCGAGGUGGGGGAGACCCUGAUCGAGGGGGUGUCCGUCAACAGUGCCUUCACGUCCAGAAUUAUGCCCUCCCAAGACCCGACAGGGCCGCCGAUGCAGGUGGGCAACAAGACGGAGUGCGCCCUGCUGGGCUUCGUGGUGGCGCUGGGCCAGAGCUACGACGCGGUCCGCGAGCGGCACCCCGAGGAGUCCUUCACGAGGGUCUACACGUUCAAUUCCGUGCGCAAGAGCAUGUCCACCGUCAUACCCUACAAGGGCGGCUACAGGCUCUACACUAAGGGCGCCUCCGAGAUCGUUCUGAAGAAGUGCGCGUUCAUAUACGGACACGAGGGCCGCCUGGAGAAGUUCACCCGGGACAUGCAGGAGCGCCUCGUGAAGCAGGUGAUAGAGCCGAUGGCCUGCGACGGCCUUAGGACCAUCUCGGUAGCGUACAGGGACUUCGUGCCGGGCAAGGCCGACAUCAACCAGGUGCACAUAGACCAAGAGCCGAACUGGGACGACGAGGACAAUAUCGUGAACAACCUCACUUGCCUUUGUGUAGUUGGAAUUGAAGACCCUGUCAGGCCCGAGGUGCCGGAGGCGAUCCGCAAGUGCCAGAAGGCGGGCAUCACGGUGCGGAUGGUGACGGGCGACAACGUGAACACGGCCCGCUCCAUCGCGGUCAAGUGCGGCAUCCUGAAGCCCACCGACGACUUCCUCAUACUCGAGGGCAAGGAGUUCAACAAGAGGAUCCGCGACGCCAACGGCGAGGUGCAGCAGCACCUGAUCGACAAGGUGUGGCCGAAGCUGCGCGUGCUGGCGCGCUCCUCGCCGACGGACAAGUACACGCUCGUGAAGGGGAUGAUCGAGUCGAAGGCGUUCGACACGCGCGAGGUGGUGGCCGUCACGGGCGACGGCACCAACGAUGGACCAGCGCUCAAGAAGGCCGACGUCGGAUUCGCCAUGGGCAUCGCGGGCACGGACGUGGCGAAGGAGGCGUCCGACAUCAUCCUCACAGACGACAACUUCUCGUCGAUCGUGAAGGCGGUGAUGUGGGGCCGAAACGUGUACGACUCGAUCGCGAAGUUCCUCCAGUUCCAGCUGACGGUGAACGUAGUCGCGGUGAUCGUCGCGUUCAUCGGCGCCUGCGCGAUACAGGACAGCCCGCUCAAGGCGGUACAAAUGUUGUGGGUGAAUCUUAUAAUGGACACGCUCGCCUCUUUGGCUCUCGCUACCGAACUGCCAACCUCCGACCUCCUGCUACGGAAGCCCUACGGAAGGACCAAACCCCUCAUCAGCCGCACCAUGAUGAAGAACAUCCUCGGCCAGGCCAUAUACCAGCUCUUCAUCAUUUUCUCACUGCUAUUCGUAGGUGACAGGAUUCUGAACAUCCCCUCGGGGCGCGGGCAGCCGCUCGGCGCCGAGCCGACCCAGCACUUCACCAUCAUCUUCAACACCUUCGUGAUGAUGACCCUCUUCAACGAGAUCAACGCGCGCAAGAUCCACGGCCAGCGGAACGUGUUCCAGGGACUCUUCACGAACCCCAUCUUCUACUCGAUAUGGAUAGGGACCGCUCUAUCGCAGGUGAUAAUUAUACAAUUCGGCGGCAUGGCGUUCAGCACGGCGGGGCUCUCGAUAGACCAGUGGCUUUGGUGUUUGUUCUUCGGCGCGGGGACGCUGGUUUGGGGCCAGCUCGUCACCACCGUGCCCACUAGGAAGAUACCCAAGAAGCUCUCCUGGGGCCGCGGCCAGCCGGACCCGGAGACCAUCCAGCCCGGGCCGGACUACGACGCGGACUUGGACAAGAAGCCGCGCGCGGGCCAGAUCUUGUGGAUACGCGGCCUCACGCGCCUGCAGACGCAGGUACGCUCGCGGCGCGGACCCGGGACAGGGGGGGGGGGGGCGUUACUGUCCGGGGAUAGGGGGGGGGGGGGGGGGGCCGCG